AUGAUGUACAAUAAUCCUUCAAACCCAAUUAUCCAUCAAAUACUCAAGUCCUGUCUAACUAAGGAUAUCUUUAUGAGAGAGACAGCAUAUGAUUACGAUUAGAGUAUAUUCUUUAUCCAAAAGGAUGAGGGACAGGAUUUGAUCAAAUUCAGCUUCUCAUGCAAUGGCAGCAAAUAGAUAUUAAUCAAUGGAGGUGAGGAGAUGCUUCAAGCUCUCUAUUCCGAUAAUUUAUUGCCAAAAGAUAUGCAUCACCCAGAUUAUGAUGUUACUCUAGGUAUUGAUGGUUCAAAGCUUCCUAAAACACAAAAAACAAGCAAAAAGAUGGAUGAGGACACAUUAACAAAGAUCAAAGCUUAAAAUGAGGAGAUAAGAAAGGACAGAGACAGAAAGGUAGAGGAGCUGUGCACUAAGUUCGCUUAAUUCAAGAGAGAUUUCAUGGGUGCGCCCAUUAGAAGAGCACUUCUAAAUCUUCAAAAAGGUAUUUCAUAUUCAAUAUAAUUGCUUUCACCAGGCUAGGGAAAUCCAAAGGACUCUUGCGAGAUUCCAUAUAGAGCUGAUGAGAAAUAUUGGGUCGUUGCAGCUAGAAACGAAGUAACUAUAUCAUUCGCUAUGCAGUUUGAUAAUCCAACUGACAGAGCACUUGCUAGAAUUUUCUUACUUGAAUUUUCAGAUAGUAAGAGAUAUGUCAAGAACCCACCAGCUAUUAUUUAUCACGAUAUCAAGUUCCCAGAAAACGUUUCUGCCAUAUUCCCAGAUGCUAGCAAAGAAAAAUACUCAAAUGGAGUAAUCUCUUUUACAUUAUUCGAUAAUCAUCUCAAGCCAUCAUUUGAUCAGCCUUUGACUUUCCUAAUUGGAUUCAGACAAUACUUGCAUUAUCAUUUCCAUGCCAUUAAGGCCUCACUUCACUCAAGAAUGAGAAAGAGAGUCGAGACAUUCCAAAGAGUUAUUGCUAAGGCAAAGAGAGACCAGGAUGCACCUAAGAAAUAUAAAGAUACUAUUGGAGGAGCUUAAAAUGAAGAUUUGAGAGAGGAAAGGAAACAGGAAGAAGUAUUCUAGUUCAAGUAGUAGCGAUGA